AUGGUUUCCAGGCAGUGAAAGAGGGUGAUUCAGCAAGCCACUCUUUCUUCCCCUUUUAUUUCAAUAUUAUCAUAUGUUUUCCCUCCCUUUCCCCCCUCUGCUUUAUUUUUUUCCCCAGGGAUUUUAUUUAGUACACUUUUUAAAAAAUUGGUUUGCCUUGAAGUCACCUGCCCAUCAUUAUAAUUAUUAUUUUUUUUAAUACCCCAUCUCUUCCUCAGUUUGGAAUGUGGUUAAAAAUACCACGUAAGGUUGCAGUUUGAGGGAAGGGUUGCUGUACCGGGAGCAUAGUUCGCAGGCACGGAAUGGGCUAGCAUUAGAAAUUGGUACCAGCAGCAGGCCAAAUUCAGCUAUGGGAAUUCAGGCAUGAAGUUGACCCCUCUCAAUCAUUUCCUAUAGAUGAGACAUAGCACAAGCUGUGGUAUUUAUGAGCCGCCAUUUCUUGUACUACUGCAGUGAACCUACCCUGGAUGUGAAGAUUGCCUUUUGUCAGGUGUGUGUUCCUUACAGGGAUUUGGGAAACAAGUGGAUGUGUCAUAUAUUGCCAAACAUUACAACAUGAGCAAAAGCAAAGUUGACAACCAGUUCUACAGCGUGGAAGUAGGUGACUCAACCUUCACCGUUCUCAAGCGCUACCAGAACUUAAAACCUAUUGGCUCUGGUGCUCAGGGAAUAGUUUGCGCUGCAUAUGAUGCCGUCCUUGACAGAAAUGUGGCUAUUAAGAAGCUCAGCCGACCAUUUCAGAAUCAAACUCAUGCCAAACGAGCUUACAGAGAGCUGGUCCUCAUGAAGUGUGUGAACCAUAAAAAUAUUAUCAGUUUAUUAAAUGUCUUCACACCACAGAAAUCUCUGGAGGAAUUCCAGGAUGUUUACCUGGUAAUGGAAUUGAUGGAUGCCAACUUGUGCCAGGUGAUUCAGAUGGAAUUAGACCAUGAACGAAUGUCUUACCUGCUCUACCAAAUGCUGUGUGGGAUCAAGCACCUUCACUCUGCGGGAAUCAUUCACAGGGAUUUAAAACCAAGUAAUAUUGUGGUAAAGUCCGAUUGCACGUUGAAGAUUCUGGACUUUGGACUGGCCAGGACUGCAGGCACCAGCUUCAUGAUGACUCCCUAUGUGGUGACACGUUAUUAUAGAGCACCAGAGGUCAUCUUGGGAAUGGGCUACAAGGAGAACGUGGAUAUAUGGUCUGUGGGAUGCAUUAUGGGAGAAAUGGUUCGCCACAAAAUCCUCUUUCCAGGAAGGGACUAUAUUGACCAGUGGAAUAAAGUAAUUGAGCAGCUGGGAACACCAUGCCCAGAAUUCAUGAAGAAGCUACAACCCACGGUGCGGAACUACGUUGAGAACCGACCCAAGUAUGCUGGUCUCACUUUCCCCAAACUUUUCCCAGACUCUCUCUUCCCAGCCGACUCAGAACACAACAAACUCAAAGCCAGCCAAGCCAGGGACCUUUUGUCAAAGAUGUUGGUGAUUGACCCAGCCAAGCGGAUAUCAGUGGAUGAAGCCUUACAGCAUCCAUACAUUAAUGUGUGGUAUGAUCCUGCGGAAGUGGAGGCGUGGAGUGUUUUCUGCUCACCAGACUUAAAAAAGCCUCCUCCUCAGAUAUAUGAUAAACAGCUGGAUGAAAGAGAACAUACGAUUGAGGAAUGGAAAGAACUGAUCUACAAGGAAGUAAUGAAUUCUGAAGAAAAAACUAAAAAUGGAGUAGUAAAAGGACAGCCUUCUCCUUCAGGUGCAGCAGUGAACAGCAGUGAAAGCCUCCCUCCAUCCUCAUCUGUCAACGACAUCUCCUCCAUGUCCACUGACCAAACCCUGGCAUCUGACACCGACAGCAGCUUGGAAGCUUCUGCAGGACCCCUCGGUUGUUGCAGGUGACUAGCCGCCUGCCUGCGAAACCCAACGUUCUUCAGAAGAUGAGGCAAUUUAGGGGGAAAAUAAUAACAAGAAUAAACGAUGGAAAGGAAGAGAAAUAAAAGAUAAAGAUUUAAAUGAAACAACCCUUUUCAGCCUGCUUCUCCUACAGAGUUAUGUAAUGCAGCUAAGCUCAAGUAUAUAUUUAACUUAUAGUUGCUCUGCUUUGGUCUUCUUCCAAUGAUGCUUACUGAAAAAAAAGGGGAAUUAAAGAAUCCUUUUUUUCCAUAAAAUGUAAAAUUAAUGGCUGCAAAACCAGCAACCUGCAACCGUCCUUUUCACACUGGCAUGACAAGGUGUGCAGUAGCCACUCUACGUAUGUAUGUGUGUGUAUCUGAUUUCACUAUCUUGCUAAUCUAUUUUAUCUACUUCUGCCCACUUAGACAGAUAUACACACAUUUAUCUCCGUACAUGUACAGCACACACACAAUGUGUAUGAUAGUAUGUGCAACUGUGUAUCUCUAUACAUUAUAUAUAGAUACACAAUAUGCACUCUAGAACUAAUUGGCCCAUUUCAUGAGAACUACAUAAAUACAUCUGUAACAUAUUGCCAGUAUAUAAUCUGUUCAAUUUGUUCAUUAAGUUGUAUAUCAUAUAAGAUUUGUAAAAGCAAAAAUAAUAAGUCAAGCCUGAGCUCUCUCAGACCCUUGAAGAUGUAGCACCCAAAUUUCAACUGAUAUAUAUAUUUUUAAUAAUACUGGUUUGUACGGAGGAUGCACGGAAUGGAGAUUUACAAGGAAAAUGUGCAUCAAUGGUGCAUGCUAACAUUUGUUGCUUUGAUUUUUAGAACAGAUAUGAGUUAGGACAAGGUUAAAAGGAAGCACAUCUGUCUUUGGGGGCUGUGGGGGUUGAGGAUGGAGGAGUUGUCCUGUGAAUACCUAGUAUCUCAGCCCACAAGGACUUCAGAGACAAACUUUUCAUAGUGAUAAUACAGUGAGUUAUUUUUCUUAGUUUAUAGAUAGGCUUAUCAUUGUUAAUUAUAAUGUGUAUGUGUGUGUUAGGAGCUAAAAUGUGGGGGGAUAGGCUCAGAUAACAAGAAGGAUGUACACAAUUUUUAUGUAUCAUUUAUGAUUAGGUGCGUGGGAAGCCAGGAUUGCAGACAAGGGAUGUUUGCAGUCUACUUCCUCUCUAGGUAUUUGUUGCUGCAAAGGAGUUGAAUUCCCUUUAAAUAAUUUCCCUCGUGGGAAUUACAUUACUUGGACACCAUUGAUUCUAUAGUUCCUUUCAGCCUUUUUUCCCCCCAGUGACAAAUCAGCUGAUUCCUCAAAAUGCUUCAUCAACUGGGCUACACACAGCAGGUUAGUAAAUUGAAUGGUCAAAUAUUCUCAUACACUUAAUAGGCUUUGCCUUUGUUUACCAGCCAGGAGCCAAGCUGGGAGUGUAACAAUCAGGAUCUCAGGCAGCUUUGCAUAUUUCUAAAGAAGCCAAUAUUGAGUAAAUAUCAAUUGGAUUUUGAUAGAUAAUAAUACUUUGAACCUGUCGCAGAGAGUAGUGUCAGGUCUUUUAACAGCAUACAGCAACACUACACAAUUGUUUAGAGCAAGUGAAGAACAGUUUUUCUGUCUGAAACAGCAAUGAGGAUUUUAGGUAGGCAAAAUGCAAUUGUCUGAGUUGGAAUUUAGCCAGAAUUCUAGGGUUCACAUCUCUCUCCUCUUAUCCAAAUGUGCUGUGCCAUCUGUAAUGUAUGCCUCAUCCAAAUGGCAGGAAGAGUUAAUUUAAAUAGCUUAUUCUAUUUAACUGUAAUGUAUAACAAUUUUUGAAUCUACAAAUAUUUGAUUGGACAGUUGACAAAUCUGCCAUCCCUAAGCUGGGGAAAAUAUCUGAAUAUCAACUGAGAUUUUGUCCAGAGUAAAAAGCAAACAAUAAAGCUUCCACUCAAGUAUGUAAAAUAAAAGUAAAGAAUAAAUGUAAUGUAAUCUCAGAGUUAGUAGCUCUGAGUGGUCUUGAAAUUACACUAUAAAGUAAUUUUUCCCCAGG